AAAUGACGCAAAAACGUUUUCCUCCGCGUUCCGCGUUCAAAUCAAACGAGUAGCAAGUCGCGUUCGGUUCUGGAUGAUUCCUGGUUUCGUUGUGCUACGGCGAAAUAAAAUCCGCGAAAUUAAGCCUAAAUUCACGACUAAAAGUAACGUCGAACUGUGUCCGCCGCUGAGUGGAAGUGUGUUCUAGUGGAAUGUGCUGAAAUUUGUGUGGGAAAAGUCGCGAAAGUUGCGUUAAUUCGGUGACGAAGUUUGCAAUUCCCAGUCGCUGUGAGGGGUCAAGGUGAACCGCGAACAACACUCCUCUGUCGCCUCUGCUCGAUGGGAAUUGGAGCUCCAAAAUGAGUAAUAAUCGCAGCAAAUAUACGUCGUUCAACGAUCUGAGUGGAGUUAAUCUGAGCCGUACGCUGAGCAGCCCGGUGGCGGAAUCGACACACCUGGAUGGCCCGAACAACCGGAGCGGGUUGUUUGCCAGUCCGGGCAAAGUGGUCGGCAGCAGCAGUGUCAAGCGGAAGCCAACGUCACCACUGUUCAACAACAGCCGGACCAGCUUCAAAAGCAGUGGGAACCUGAACAGCUCCUCGGUGGGAUUCGGUCGGAUCGAUCCACAGGUUUACACGGAUGCUCAGAGCCGCGGGUUGGUCAAUCGCUUGGUGAAGUACCAUGACCGGACGCAGUCCCCACUGAACAGGAGUCAAUCGAUGACCAGCUUGUACAACAAACCGGGUCAGUUCCCGGUGGUGCAUCUGAAGAAAACAGAAAUUAAGUAUUCGCCCCGGCGGAACAACUCCGUGACGUCGGUCCGGAUAGCACCGCCGGAGAAGUCAGUGUUUCAAGCGAACACCCGGUCGAACAUUCUGCGGGCGGGAUCGUUGUUGAUUCCGGCUGAGCCACAUUUGAAGAUGUCGCGGGGGGAGGAUGAAAUCGAUGCCGAGAAUCGGGUCAUUGCACCGACAGCGGAGCUGGAUCCAGCACCGACCAAGAGCGUUUUGGAUGCACUGAAGGAAAUUUCCCGGAAGAGGAUCAAUAACGAAGAACUGGAUGCGGAUAGAAUUAAGAAGCAGUGCAAGGAACUUUCGGAAGUUGAUUCCGGAGGUGGGGGUGGAACGAAGCGAGCUCGAGAGCUACCAUCGUCGGCGUCGCCGCCGUCGAAAGGAUCCAACGAACAGCAGUUGCAGAAGAAGCGAUUGUGCUGCAAGAACAAUGAUAUUUUAAGUUCGCUCAGUUCCAGUUUGGUGAUGAGCACGCCCAAAAGAGUGGAACCGAUUCCGUCGAGGCCACGAGGACUGAAUAUGGAUCAGAGAUUUGCCACCAAUGUGGCCACACCUAUUGGACUGAAUGCAACAGUGGCAACCGAAAGGAAAAUUGAAUCCCGAGAGCCGGCAGCAUUAAGCCGAAUAGAGUCGGCUCCAUUGCCUCAGAUUGUGAGAAGAGUUCCGGAAAUUUUCCCACCGGUACGACCGAAACCAACUCAACCUAAGAUUACUCUGUUCAAUAAGAAGUAUGAUGAAACGUUGGUGAGGCCGGUGGUAAGUGACAACGAAGAACAAGAGGACGACGAGGAACUGGGCGGUCGAAUCAGCUUCAUAAAGCCAAAGGAGAGAUCCCCGAUUAUGAAUAGUGAUAAGGCCGCCUUGAAGCAGGUUGAAAAGUCGAAGCUCUCACUGAUCCUCAGUUGUUUGAGCGAGGACUUUGACGACGAGGAAGAGCCCCCAAAACCAGUCAUAAGUGCCCAUAUAAUAGCAAAGGAUACAGUCGAUGCGCCACCAGCGUUGCCCAAGGUCGAAGAAAAGAAACCGGAAGUGACCACGAUCGCUAAACCGAGUGGAAUCGCUGCCUUGAUCAGUGAGCCUAUCAAAGAUCCUGGUUUAGGUAAAAUAGAGCCACCAAAACCGGCAAUGCCCAAACCAAGUGAGCCACCUAAAUCAAACGGUGGAUUUAGCUUUGGAACACCUACCAAGUCAACGGACAGUAAUGCCACUUUCAGCUUCCAAACCCCAACGAAACCUGCUGCUGCUCCCGUAGAAGCCAAGGCUCCGGAGAAACCAACCGGAGGUUUCUCAUUUGGAGCCACACCAGCUGUCCCAACAUCCAGCGCUCCGAAAUCCGACGCUCCUCCUGCUUACACCUUCCCCACGGCAAGUUCGACUUCCAUUGCCGCGUCGGUUCCAGCUACACCUUCCGGAUUUGGCUUCACAACAUCUCCUGCAUCCUCAGCAGCCACAACAAAGCCCACUUCUGCAACUCCUAGCCUUAUCAGCUUCUCACCGGCCCCAACGUCCAAAUCGGAGCCGCCUAAAACCGGCUUCUCGCUGCUACCAGCCAUUUCGACCAACGCUUCGUCCGGAAGUCCUCAAAAUACCUUAACCACCACCAAGUCCCCGAUCCCAGCUUUCGGGAGUGGUUCCGGAUUCAGCGCUUUCAAACCUCUGUCUCCAAACGCUUCCUCCACUGUAACCGCGAGCUCUGCAUCCUCUGCAGUUCCCUCUUUCGGAGCAUCAACUUCCGGUACUACGACACCCGCUACCACCCUGACAUCCGCGGGUGGCUUCUCAUUCGGUACCAGCAACAUCCCGAAACCAGCAAUGUCAUCAUCCCCAGCUACGGCAACAACCACAAGUGCAUUCUCGUUCGGCGGAGCGAGUUCCGCGGCACCUCCGGCUUUCGGAGGAGCAACUUCCACCAAUUCCGCGGCACCUCCAGCUUUCGGAGCCACCAGCACGGCGGCACCCAAAUUCGCAUUUGGAACGACCUCCACGUCCGCCAUUCCCUCGUUUGGAGCCGCCACUACAACAACCACGGCUGCACCGGCGGCGACACCGUCCUUCGGUGGCUUCGGAGCGGCAACGACCGCCGCUCCUCCUACGACGGCACCUCCAGCAUUCGGAAGUGUUGCCAGUUCCAACUUUUCCACGGUGACUUCGCCUUCGGCAGGCAUUUUCGGGGCUGCAGCCUCCGCCACCAAACCGACCACCACAUUCGGUGCGGUUCCAACCGCAAGCUCCAGCUUCUCGUUCGGUGCCACAGCGCAACCGUCUGGCAUCACUACCGCAAACAGCACCAGCGGAGCAUUUUCGUUUGGAAGUGCAGCUCCAACGCCCACUACAACAGCAGCGGCAGCAACAGCACCGGUGGCAGCCGCUAGCAGUAACAUCUUUGGCAGCGCUACUAGCAGCAGCAGCAGCGCUGGAGCGGCACCGAGCUUUGGUGCGGUACCUUCGUUCGGUACAAGUUCUGCACCGGCUUUUGGGGCCAGCGCUGCUAGUCCACCCGCGUUCGGUAGUUCCAGUGCCAGCGCGGGAGCUCCGGCAGCAUCCGGAUUUGGAGCAGCGCCGGUCUUUGGUGCCGGGUCCGGUUCGUUAGGAACUCCCGCUAAUACAAGUUCCGUAUUUGGUGGAUCCUCAACGGUCACCUCGCCAUUCGGUGCAACCAGCUCGGCACCUGCAGCAGCAACCACCAACAUAUUCGGUGCUGCCAGUUCCAACAAUAACCAAUCCAACACCACCUCUUCAACACCGGCUCCAUUCUCGUUUGGUGCCGCCGCAGCUUCGGCACCCGCUGCAGCGCCUGCUCCAAACAAACCCUUCGCCUUCGGUGGAAUCGGUGCUGCAAACACAACCACCAUCAACAACAAUAACAGCAUUCUUAACACAUCCACUACGGCUGGCAACCCUGUAAAAUCCAACAGUUUUAGCUUUUCAGCUGGAUCAAACUCCACGGCUGCGGCGCCAGCAGCCUCGCAAUCCACGUUCAGCUUUGGAGGUGCCGCCAACAAUUCCGUCUCCCCUCCACCGGCUUUCGGCAGUAACGUUGGCAACACUUCUUCUUUCUCCUUCAAUGCCAACGCCUCCAGCAACACACCCGCCGCCACCAAUCAGGCCAUCGUGAAGCCGUUCUCGUUCGGAACGGCCACUCAACCCGCACCCGCUCCAUCCGCCGCUGGUUCCGGAAUUUUCGGAGCGACUGCCUCGUCCCCUCCACCAGCAUUCAACUUCUCCGCCGGAUCGAACGCCGCUGGCAACCCGGCCGGCACUCCCGUGGCUUCGGCAUUCUCAUUCACCGGUGGCGCAACGGCGGCAGCUCCCGGAGGUCCCUUUGCGAUGCCCAACGGAACGGGGGCACCGGGAGUUCCUGGUGCACCGAUGUUUAGCAUAGGGACCGGCGGUGGCGCUAAUCUACCACCCGGUAGGAGGCCCAUUCGGACGGCAACCCGGCGCCUCAAGUGAUCGCAGCCACACUCACACAGUUAAGCAACGUAACGGUUUAGAUGUCGUAGGUAAUUUGAUACUGUAAAAUUCGUUUGGCACUUUAAGUGUUUUUGUGUACAGAAGAGCAAGCUUAUUACGGAUCCAAUGUUUUCUAUUUUUUGGUCGCUGGCAUAUUACUCAGUCUCGUUUUUUUUCUUACUUUACGUAAAAAAUCUGCUUGUGGAUAAAUUUCUACUAAUCAGAAGGACGAUUGUGUGUUCGUCAAAUCAUCAUGUAAUAAAAGCUAGACCAAAUGGUGAUAUAUUUAACGAAGAA